AUGUCUAAGAUUCCAAGAAAUUUCAAAUUAUUAGAAGAAUUAGAAAAGGGAGAGAAAGGAUUAGGAGCAGAAUCUAUUUCCUAUGGAUUAGCUAGUCAAGAUGAUAUUACCAUGACAUAUUGGAAUGGUACUAUAUUAGGACCACCUCAUUCAUGUCAUGAGAAUCGUAUUUAUUCAUUACAUAUUGUUUGUGAUGAAUCAUAUCCUGAUAAACCACCCAAGGUUAAAUUUGUAUCAAAGAUUAAUUUACCAUGUGUUGAUUCUAAUGGGAAUGUUAUACCUGGAGAAUUUGAUACUUUAAAGAAUUGGAGAAGAGCUUAUACUAUGGAAACUGUAUUACUUGAAUUAAGAAAGAGUAUGGCAUCUCCUUCUAAUAAGAAAUUACAACAACCACCUGAAGGAUCUACUUAUUAG